AUGGCUUCAACAUACCAGCCUCCAGGCCGUAUUGGCGACCCAAACAUGUCGCCUGCCACAGACCCACGCCUGGAUGCUCGGCUUGGAAAGUUCCUCAAAGCCACAAACAUGGACCAAAACAUUCCGCCUAGCCGAAUCUCUCCAGCCUCAGGCAUGGAGCUGGUUCAAAAGAUGAUCAGUAAAGCGGACAGAAUGGGUGCUCAAAUGAAUGAAUCUUUGCCGAGCGAAUUGCCUGGCGAUGAGAACAGGCCGAAAGUUACUAGGAAGGAUAUUACCAUCAAAGGAGUUGACGACAAUGACAUCAAGCUCCAUGUGUUUCGAAGGGCCGACAGUGCGAAUAAAAUGCUCCCCUGUGUUGUGUACAUUCACGGAGGCGGCAUGGUCACCAACACAACGCUGAACAAAAUCCAUGUAAACUGGUGCAACGAUAUAGCUUUGGCUGGAGCAGUGACUAUUGCCAUCGAUUUCCGAAACGCAUUCAUUCCUGACGGCAAAGGUGGUGGAACGCAUCAUCCAUUCCCAGCUGGCCUGAGCGAUUGUGCUUCCGGCCUGCAAUAUAUUGCUGCCCACAAGAGCGAAAUGAACAUCAACACGAUCGUAGUCCAGGGUGAGAGCGGUGGAGCUAACUUGUCUAUUGCCACCGCCAUCAAAGCCAAACGGGAAGGCUGGAUUUCUUCGAUCGAUGGCGUCUAUGCGUGCGUGCCGUACGUAUCAUGUGGGUGGGAGUGGAGUCAAGAGCGACGGAUGAAAGAAUUGCCAUCUACGAUAGAGAACGAUGGCUACUUCCUUCACACUUCAUCGAUGGCCUGUAUGGGUCACUAUUACACUCCAAAUCUGGCGGACAAGACCAAUCCAUUGGCCUGGCCCUACCACGCAUCUAUUGAGGAUCUCAAAGAUCUUCCACCGUUCAUACUGGCCAUGGAUGAACUUGACCCUCUACGAGAUGAAGGCAUCGCGUUUGGGAAGAAGCUUGUCGAGGCUGGCGUCAGUGUGACGAGCAGUGUGAACCUUGGAGUUCUCCAUGCUUCCAGUUUGAUCUUUCGCCAAGCACUGCCCGAGCUACAUUUCACUACCAUUUCCAACAUCCUGGCAUUUGCACGAAGAUUGUCGGAAAGUCACAGUCAAUCUAAGCCACUAUCUGCGAAGUUAGCCUAG